AUGGGUGGCGGGGACGUCCCUGGAGUCCACGAUAGAUUAGUGGCCGAUUACUUUGCCGACGAACCGUUGUACGCGGACGCGAUGUUUAGACGUCACUUCCGAAUGAGUCGUCGAUUGUUCUUAUGGAUAGCGGAUGAUGUGUCGAGGAUUGACCCCAUUUUUACAUUACGGUUCGAUGCUAGAGGCAAAAGGGGUUUCACCACCUUACAUAAAUGCACAGCGGCAAUUUGCCAAUUGGCGUAUGGGACGACAACCGAUACGUGGGACGAGUAUUUAAAGAGGUCCGAAAGAACUGCACGAGAAUGCUUGUACAACUUUUGCAAAUGUGUGGUGAAGCUGUACAACAAGAAAUAUUUGCGAAAGCCUAACGCUAGUGAUGUCCAAAAAUUGUAUCAAUUCCACGAACAAAAUCAUGAUUUUCCAGGAAUGCUCGGAAGCAUUGAUAGCAUGCACUGGGCGCAACAGAAUUGCCCAAAUGCAUGGCGAGGUCAAUUUACGCGAGACGAUCAUGGACAUCCAACAAUAAUGCUAAAGGCCGUUGGGUCACAAGAUUUGUGGAUUUGGCAUGCUUUCUUCGAUGUUCCUGGUUCAAAUAACGACAUUAACGUCAUCCACUAA